GGCCUCCAAACCAGGAGUCACAGGGACAGUUUAAUCUAAAUGGGAUGCACAAAUCUGGAGACGUGAUUCUAGGUGGACUUUUUGCAAUCAACUUCUUUUCUGAUGAAGUUGACCUGACCUUUACCUCAGAGUCACAGCUGCCUACCUGUUAUGGUUUUCAUGUUAUAGGAUUCAGACAGGCUCACACCAUGGCCUUUGCUGUUGAUGAGAUCAACAGAAACUCCAACCUGCUGCCUAAUGUGACUCUGGGAUACAGUCUGUAUGAUAACUGCUUACAAUUACGAUUUGGAUUUCCUGCAGCACUGACCUUAGUCAGUGGUCAAGAAGAGCAAUUUACAUUAGAGGAGAACUGUGUAGGAACUCCUCCAGUCCUAGGGAUUGUGGGUGAUUCAACCUCUUCAAAUUCUAUAGCCAUUUCUGCCGUCCUAGGUUUGUACAGAGUGCCUCUGGUGAGUCAUUUUGCCACAUGUUCCUGCCUGAGUGACCAACACAAGUUUCCAUCUUUCUUUAGGACGAUCCCAAGUGAUGCUUUUCAGGUGAAUGCUAUGAUUCAGAUUCUGAAACACUUUGGUUGGACUUGGACAGGUCUGCUCUUCAGUGGUGAUGAUUAUGGACUCCAUGCUGCCCGAUCCUUUCACACAGAUCUGGGUCCAGCUGGUGGAGGUUGUCUGGCUUACGCAGAGAUUUUGCCUCUGGGUGAUGAUCCUGCUGAACUCAGGAGAAUAGUGGAUGUGAUGAGAAAAUCUACAGCUCGAGUGGUGAUUGUGUUUGCAAAUAAGGGUCGCAUGAUUAACCUCAUGAAAGAGGUGGUGAGGCAGAAUGUGACAGGCCUGCAGUGGAUGGGAAGUGAAGCCUGGUCAUCAGUUGAUUUGCUCCAGACUCCUCACCUCAUGCCGUAUCUGGGUGGAACACUGGGCAUCUCCAUUCGUCGAGGAGAAAUACCAGGACUCAGAGACUUCCUGUUAAAAGUACGUCCUGACCUACAUCACAACAACACAGAUGGAAGCAGCAUGGUGAAUCAGUUUUGGGAACACACAUUUCAGUGUAUUUUUGCACCACCUCCAGCAGGUUGGGUGGAAGCUGGAGGACAAUUGUGUACUGGACAGGAAUUUAUAGAGAAUGUGGAGAAUGAAUUGGUGGAUGUUUCAAACCUCAGGUCAGAGUAUAAUGUAUAUAAGGCUGUGUACGCUCUGGCGUAUGCUCUUGAUGACAUGCUGCAGUGUGAGCCAGGGACAGGACCUUUCAGCAACAACACCUGUGCUCAUUUACAAACACUGGAGCCAUGGCAGCUUGUGUAUUACUUGGGAAAAGUCAACUUCACCACAUCUUUUGGUGAUCAAGUAUCAUUUGAUGAGAAUGGUGAUGCCUUACCUGUUUAUGACGUCAUGAACUGGGUGUGGCUCCCUGAUGGAAGAACUAAAGUUCAGAGAGUGGGUGAGUUUAAGAGGUCAGCCUUCAAAGGUGAAGAACUCACACUGGAUGAAGACAAAAUCUUCUGGAACUUUGAAUCCAAACAGCCUCCCCGGUCAGUGUGCAGUGAGAGCUGUCCUCCAGGUACCCGCAUGGUCAGAAAGAAGGGGGAACCGGAGUGUUGUUUUGACUGUGUCCCUUGUUCUGAGGGAAAGAUCAGCAAUACAACUGACUCCAUGGAGUGCACCAGUUGUCCAAAAGAUUUCUGGUCAAGCCCCCAGCGUGACCACUGUGUUCCUAAGAAAACAGAGUUCCUCUCCUACCAUGAGCCUCUGGUCAGGCGAAGACCUUGUCCUGUACCUGGAUAAACGUCCUCUCUCCUCCCCAGUUCUGCUUUUUGAUGGUUCUAUCAUCAUUGCGGCUGUGGGUAACAUACCUGUGACCACCUGUUAACAUACCCCAAAUGUCUUGCAACGCUCUUCUCUGUUAUUCAAACAUCCAUGAUCAAGAUGCCACUAGUGCGUACAAGUAGGCAAUGGCUGAUUGGAAAUCCUUCAUUGAGAUGUAGCUGAAUGUCAGGUCAGUUUUUUUUGUUAUUUUUAGCUGUGCCUUACAAUAGCUGUGUAUAUUCUGCAAGCGUAUUACAGUGUUACUUAGUUAUUUGCUUAAAUGACUCACAGGGGUUCUGGCAGUUUUACCUCUUUUGCCAACAGAGAAAUUAAGCAAAUUAUGACAGUUGGAGUGACAGACGUUGAAACACCAGGGUUUACAAGAGGCUUAACGACACUGAGGCCUGUGAGAGUUUUUAAGAAACCAGGUCAGAAAAAAAAAGGUUUUGCAGGUUUUUCAGAUCUUUGAUAAAUAGAUACAAUUCUGAAGAAGUUUAAAGUUGAAUGCAAGUUGAAUUAAAAAAGAAUCAAAAGCACUUUUAAAAUUUAGAGUCUUUAAAAAUUUUAGAGAAAUGUGAUGGAGUUUGACAAGUAAUUACAAGGCAGCAGCGAUGUGCAGGAGGACAGGGAGCUAGUGAUCUAUAAUAGGAAUAGUGAAAAAAACAGGCAAAUGGUCUGAUAUACAGGUGUCACAGAUUUCAAUGACAUGAACACAUCUCCUUGUAUCGCUUCUGUCUCUCCUUUCUCUCUGCCUGUUCUCGCUCUCUCUCUGUACUCUGGUUCAUGAAGAUAACCUAUUGGAUUUUCUCUAUGGUUCAUCUUCAUCAGUUUCAUAGUGAGACAUGUUUGUUUGUUUAGUUUCCCUCACUCUCUCUCUCUGACUAAAACGAGUGAAACACCGCAACUUGUGACUUGACUGGCUGUGUGGAGUAGUGAUACGUGCAAGAAAAUAGUGAUAGUGAAACUGAUCUCAUAUCCUCCUGUUUGUUAUGUGUCCCAAACUCUCCUCCAGAACUACUUGUUUUACAUUAUAUCCACUCUACUGCUGGGGUCUGUGUCAUACAACUUAAUGUUAAAAAAUCUGAACUACGUAUCCCUUUAAGUUGAACUAGUACUCUGGCUCGCAUUCUCAAUCUUACCAAAUCAGCUCCUUGCAUGAGGCCAGGAUAUUCAGUAGAGCUUGACAAUCAUAGACCAGAAGAGUAGUAACAACCAGACGACAAAAACAUAAAAUAAUGCAGUAACAAGGCAGUGAGGCACCAACUGGUGGCUGGCCAAAUACACUGGUGCCAUCUUGUCGGGUGACUAUGGAUGUAUGUAGCUGUAGGUUCCAAUUAAAUACCUCUUCUCCAGAUGCUGGAGCUUCAAUACAUAUUUCUGGAGUUUAUUUAAAUUGUUGAAGAGAAGAGCUAACAUAUUAGUGUAUUGCAAACAGAAACAUAGCAGCUCAAUGACAUACAGUAACUGACUGUAAUCAGAGUAACCAACUAUAGGUUAGAUUUACAUAAUGAUGCACUGUCCUGCCUCAACCAGCUCACACAGCCACAUUCAACAACAGAUUAACUUUUUGAUGCAUUAUUUUUAUUAAUAAUUAAUUUACAAAACAUCUUUAUGUGACUAAAAUACUGGACAACAACCAAACAAUAAGUAAAACGUUUUCAAACUGUCAUUUAAAGGCUGAUACAAACACUUGCAACAUGACGAUAAAUGACAACAGAACUAUUUGCAAAUUAGUGCUGUCAAUAUUUAAUUGCGAUUAAUCGCUUUAAUGUGUUAACUUGCAAUAAUCCCACAUUUUUAUCUAUUCUAAAUGUCCCUUGAUUUUUUAUUGUCC